UCAAACCAAGUCAUCGGGAGUUAGCAUCUUCCUACCCGGCAGGGAAGGGAGGAGUUGGCAAGAAUUUGGCUCACCCAUUCCCCCUGCAAUCCGCUGGUGUUGUGGAGCGCUGGACUUCUGCCAUGACUGACACCGUGUUCAGCAGCAGCUCGAGCCGUUGGAUGUGUCCUGGUGACCGACCCCUUCAAUCAGAGCUCCAGGCAGGCUGGUCCGGCCGCCCCAGUGGUCAGCCCGACAGACAGCGGAAGCAGGAAGAGCUGACGGAUGAGGAGAAGGAAAUCAUCAACAGGGUGAUUGCUCGCGCGGAGAAGAUGGAAGAGCUGGAGCGGGAACGAAUCGGGCGCCUGGUGGACCAUCUGGAGAACAUGAGGAAGAACGUGGCUGGGGAUGGGGUGAACCGCUGCAUACUGUGUGGAGAACAGCUGGGGAUGCUGGGCUCUGCCUGUGUGGUGUGUGAGGACUGUAAGAAGAAUGUCUGCACCAAGUGUGGGGUGGAGACCUCCAACAACCGCCCGCAUUCCGUGUGGCUCUGCAAAAUCUGCAUCGAGCAGAGAGAGGUGUGGAAGCGUUCUGGAGCAUGGUUCUUCAAGGGCUUCCCCAAGCAGGUCCUCCCACAGCCUAUGCCUAUAAAGAAGACCAAGCCCCAGCAGCCCGUCGGCGAGCCUGCUGCCCCUGAGCAGCCCACCCCCGAGCCCAAGCACCCUGCCCGGGCUCCAACUCGAGGUGACACCGAAGAGAGGAGGGGCCCAGGUCAGAAGACAGGCCCUGACCUGGCCUCUGCUCCUGGGCGAGGAAGCUGCGGGCCUCCCGUGCGCAGAGCCUCCGAGGCGCGAAUGAGCUCAUCCAGCAGGGACUUAGAGAGCUGGGACCACAGCCACGGCGGGGCUGCCGGUGACUCCAGCCGGAGCCCUGCAGGUUUGAGACGGGCCAACUCCAUCCAGGCCUCCAGACCUGCCCCCCCCUCGAUGCAGAGCCCAGCGCCUCCUCAGCCUGGGCAGCCAGGGCCCCCAGGAGGCAGCAGACCCAGUCCCGGGCCAGCAGGACGCUUUCCGGAUCAGAGACCAGAGGCGGCUCCGAGUGACCCUGCCUACACUGGGGCCGCCGCCGCACCGCGGGAGGAGAGGACAGGGGCAGCUGGGGGCUACUCAGCAGUUGGAGCUAGGGAGGACCGAGCAGGCCACCCACCGGGCCCCUAUUCCCAAGCGUCUGCCGCUGUACCCGAGCCUGCCGCAGGCCCUGCCCGCCAGCCCCCUCCCCCGGAGGACGAGGAGGAAGAAGCCAACAGCUAUGAUUCGGACGAAGCAACCACCCUGGGUGCCCUGGAGUUCAGCCUUCUCUACGACCAGGACAACAGCUCCCUGAACUGCACCAUCGUAAAGGCCAAGGGACUGAAGCCCAUGGAUUCCAACGGCCUGGCGGAUCCCUACGUGAAGCUGCACCUCCUGCCGGGAGCCAGCAAGUCCAACAAGCUUCGUACAAAAACCCUGCGGAACACGCGGAACCCCGUCUGGAAUGAGACUCUUGUCUAUCACGGCAUCACGGACGAGGACAUGCAGAGGAAGACCCUCAGGAUCUCUGUCUGUGAUGAGGACAAAUUUGGCCAUAACGAGUUUAUUGGUGAGACCAGAUUCUCACUCAAGAAACUGAAGCCCAACCAGAGGAAGAAUUUCAAUAUCUGCCUGGAGCGAGUGAUCCCGAUUAAGCGUGCUGGGACCACCGGGUCAGCCCGAGGCAUGGCCCUCUAUGAGGAGGAGCAGGUGGAGCGUAUUGGUGACAUAGAGGAACGCGGCAAGAUCCUGGUGUCCCUGAUGUACAGCACACAGCAAGGAGGCCUCAUCGUGGGCAUCAUACGCUGCGUGCACCUGGCUGCCAUGGACGCCAAUGGCUAUUCAGAUCCAUUCGUCAAGCUCUGGCUGAAACCAGACAUGGGAAAGAAGGCCAAACACAAGACUCAAAUUAAGAAGAAAACCCUGAAUCCUGAAUUUAAUGAGGAGUUUUUCUAUGACAUCAAACAUAGUGACCUGGCGAAGAAGUCACUGGACAUCUCAGUCUGGGACUAUGACAUCGGCAAGUCAAACGAUUACAUCGGGGGCUGCCAGCUGGGGAUCUCGGCCAAGGGAGAGCGCUUAAAACACUGGUAUGAGUGUCUGAAAAACAAAGACAAGAAGAUUGAGCGCUGGCACCAGCUGCAGAAUGAGAACCACGUGUCAAGCGAUUAGGAUGGUGCCCAGUCCCCAAGUCCGUGCCCCACUCCAUGCCCAGGUCACCUCCUAGCCUGCCCCAGCUGCCCAUUGCACUCUGGUCUCUCUUCUCUACGCUUCCCCUACCCCGUGCCUCCCUGAGCCUGCCUUUGAGGUCUCCCCCUCUCCUUGGACACUGCUGCCAAAGACCUUCCUCCUCCCUCCGAGAAGCUGCGGCAUAGGCUCUCAAUGCAGCCUCUCUGGUCCCUCUAGGAUGAGCAGUAGGGAUAGGGACGGGGAGAUUUUUACAAGGAGGUUGUUGGCUUAACCACCUCUCAAUUCGGGUAAACUGCAAAGGUUCUUUAUCAUUUGGGACUGUUUUUAGACCCUCCUGGCCUUGGACUCACACACACUCACACACAACUUGCGUUUCCUGUGUCGUGUUUAUGCAUGUCCUCGGGUAUCCGCAGACCCAGACGAGACUGUGAGGAUGGGCAUUGGGGCAGAAAUAGAACAUCCAGGCUCCCCCCGCCUCUCCGUGAUGUACACCCCAAUGGCCAGGAAAACAGACUGCAGUGUUAAUGCCCCGGUGACUAGGAACACACCCUCUGGGUCCAGAUGCAUCCAGAAGCGGACACACAGAAAACAAAGGGACUUGGCAGCCCCCCUUUUCAGGAUGUCACCUAUUUGCUUCCUACCAAAAAAUAACCCCCGUUCUCUACCCACCCCCUUCUCUCUCCUCCUUGCCUCUCCUUCUCCUUCCACCACAUUAACCUCUCCCCUCUCACCCUCUUCCUCUCUAAGGGAAUAAAAUAGCAAAAGCAAAAAAUAUCUUAACACAGCCUCACCCUGCGCCUUCUCUCACCAGCCUGACCAGCAAACUCUGAGAAACUGGCAAAACCCUGACAUUCUACUUAGGGCCGUGGUCCUUAAGACCACCCACUUCUUUUGCCGGCCAAGCCACAUGUCCUCUGGCCUCGGGCCGGCUGCUGGCACUGCCCCUCGUGCAUAGCCGUAUCCCGCGAGCUGUGUAGACGCCCAUAGAGGGGCUUUCUCAGCCCCUGGCCUCCCCAAGUGGGUGCAGAAGGCAUUU